AUGAACAAGAAAAUUGUUCAACAAAUCCUUCUCAUUUUUAUCAUUCGCCUUCAUAUUUUUUUUUUGUUCACUUGUUCUUUAUUUUCAUAUCUUUCUCUGUUUUUCUUCUUUUUAUUUUUCUGGCAUUCUUUAUUCUCAACUACUUUUCUUUCUUAUUUCUGUUUUUAUCAUCUUAACCAAUCUCUUCUACUAAUUCCUUAUUUUUUAACAUCUUCCAAUUCUGUUUUCUAUACUUUCCUAUACUUUUCUUUUCAUGUUCAUGACAAAUUUUACUCCUUCCAAAUUUAUCUCUUUCUCCUUCAUCUUUUCAUCAUCAUUAAUUUUUCCACUCAGUUUUCAUCUCAUUUCAUUCAACUUCCUCAUAUAACUUCCUUCAUUUUCUUCAACAUCAGCAACAUUUUUUUCAUUUUCUUCUAUUUUCAUUACCAUUCUUCUAUCACACUUUUUUUUCUUAAUUUCUUUUUCAUCAUCUUCACUACCAUCUUUUACUUCUUUCUUUACUAUCACAAUUCCAUCACUUUUUUUUUUCCUUCGAAAUUCUCCUUCUCCAUCAUUUCAGCAUUCACACACCUUUUCCCACCUUCAUCUUACUCCAAAGAAUUUACCUAA